AUGGGGUGCCUCGAUCGAAACGACCUUCACCCGGGCCAUAACAGAACCAGUGAUGUCCAGAGUGGAGUUAUUCGCCGCGAGGACCCCAGGAGUGGAGGGGGUCAGCCAUGGAAGAUUUGUGACGGCGGGGAACUUGGGUUGACUAUGGACACUGCCGCCCCCGUGUCAAUGAGGAUGGUGGACUUAUGUGACUCUAUGUAA